AUGGAAGGAUCCUCAGCUGAUCCAGGUACCAACAGUGGGGGGACCAACAGUGGGCCUGCAGUGCCUGAAAGGGAUCCUAUCAUGGAUCAACUUGAUAAUCAUCCAGAGGAAGAGCCUGGACUUAAUUUUGAGCAAGCUGUUGCUGUUCAGAUUGCCAAGGAGAGGGAAGCCAAGCGUAGACAACAACAGCGCAAAACUGAUGCUGAGGAAAUGCGUGCCCGAAAAGAGCCCAGAGAUAGUGUCAAGCUUGUAGGCAUGACCUCUGCUGUUCAAGAGUGGGCUAGGGCUUUACUUGGUCUUCCUCGUCAAUCCAGCACCCGGACAUCUCCCAACAUCUCUGCUGCUGUCCUCCUUGCACGCCACCUUCCUGACGAACCAACUCCUGAAGAGGUUGAACAGUGGGCCAACUAUUCUGACACAAGGACGAAAUAUCUAGAUGUCAACAUUCAACAAAAGAUGGACAAGCGCUUCAAAAAUAACCCCUCAGCAAAUGAAUCUGUCAAGCAUCAAAUGAGGAUUAUGGUGUCAAAAGAAGCUGUUCUCAUGUUUAACCAAGCUUUUCCCCCUCCUAAAUUUAUCUCCCGAGUAGCCCAUGCUACUGCCUCAAUCACCACCUACAAUGCCACUCGCUUAGGAUGUGCUGAAGCUAAAUUUGCUGGCUGUGGCUUCUCUCGCAUCACUUUCCAAUGGACAAGUCCUCCUAAAACUCCUUGGAACAUGGCUAUGUUAGACAACUUAAUUACUAGCUGGUUAGAUUGUUACAAUGCUCGAGGUGUACCUUCCGGAUUCCCAAUCGACAGCAGCCUUAAUAUUCCCCUUGAAACUAGAGAAAUACUUUCACGCUGGGUCUCGAAUAAGCGCAGAGUCUUCCGAGAUGAGGCAAAGGAAAGGAAGUUGGUGUCUACGGAAGGAGGAAGUGACAAGCUUGUCCGACAAAAACUUACGGAGAGGGAGAAAACCGCUUUGAAAGCCAUUAGGAAGAAGCUCUGUGAAAAACGGGCUGCAGCAGUAGAGCCCUACUUUCGUCACUUCACCGGUCCACUCAAAGUCCUGCUAAACUCUCAAGAGGUUCAUUCUGAGACCGAAAUGGACCCAGAGAAGCCUGGGAAGUUUUGGAAGGUCAAGCUCAACUGGCGGACCCCCCAGCUUGAUGAAUUGAUCAAACUGGCUGAUGAUGCAGCUCCCAAAAGGGAGAGCACCAAAAAACAAAAGGAUCGACUGAAAGAAUUUUUCCAGUCCAGAGGAGAAUAUUCGCCAAACGUUCCUGAUCCGGAAGAUCAACUUCCUCCCAAGACUCUUCCCAGAUGCCUCAUCAAGCCAGAAAUACUCACUGAAGGGAUAGAUGAGAUUACAAUUGACAGUUUGGAGUUGUCAGACACCACAUUACUUUGCGGAGAAUCCAUUCACAACUGUGAUUAUCGAUUUAGAACCAUGGCGUCCACAUCACAAAACUCUGCCCCAGCUUGGCCCAAUGGUGCCGCACCAAAAGGUCGCAAGGCCAAAAACCGCUCAUUCGCCAAGAUACUUCCAAAGUCAAACUCCCCCACCUGUAAAUCUUUUGCCGAGUUCACACGUUACCUGCUUGGCCACACAAGGAAUCACCCACAUUUCCCCAACCCGCCAACUGAUGAACAGCUGAUGUCACUCACACCUCUAACACAGGAAGGCAUCCUGUCCGACACCUCCGUCUUUGUCAACUACAGCUCCGACAAUCACCCAAAUCCAUUGGACUGGAGUGUUUUCAAGGCUCUUCUGCACACUGAUAUGGCCAACCACCAAAUUGAAGGACCUUUUACUUUUGGUUGGGAAGCUCAGGGAGGUGAAGACGCUGCAUGGAAUCAAGUGAUGAUUUUAUUCACCGUAAAGCAUUGGAUGUUUGCCAGGAGGGCAUCUGCUUUUCAAAAGUUUGGACUGGAUGUCGAAUGGGAGAAGGAAGUUAUCUAUAUUGGUAUUGUUACUCGAUGGGUGAUUGGGCGAAUUGAAGACUGGAAGAAUGAGUUUGCCUCUCCGGAAAAGAUUGCACAGCGGGAGCGCAGUAGGAAGCGACGAGAUCUCUUUAUAUACCGUAAAUCUACUGUCAAACGAUUCCUCAAAGACUUUAUAGAUCUCCUGCCAGAAGCAGCAUGUUGCUCUGAUACUGAGGAUGAUUCUCUUGGUCAACAGCGCUCAAUUCAGCCUGAAUGGCGCAGUGCCAAGUAUGGAGAGUGGCUUCAUAAGAUAGAUGUACUUUCAUACAAUCAUCAAGCCACCGUGAAGUUGAGGACUGAAGCAGCUAGGAGAUUUGAUACUCGACGUGAAGCGGGCAACAAGAUCAAUCCUUUGGCCAAAGUAUGUGGUAAUCUUCCAGCAAACUGCUAUGAUAGUGGGUUUUUGAGGGAAUGUGGUGACCUGGAAAAAUUGAGAUUGGGGGUUACAAACAACCAUACACGUCUUGAUGAUGCACUGCAGGCUAUUGCUAGAUUGUUGUGA